GAAAAUAUAUAUUUUGUAUAAAAUAUGAAUAAUUUUUUUUACAUUUAACUGAAACUUCACUUUAUUAAUGUAUUUCACUUAGACAAAAAUAUGCCAAAUGUCGUUUUUAAAACAAGAGCAAUCUUACGUCUAAAUUCCAAAGCAUUCUAGAAAUACAACCAUUUAAGUUCAAAAUGUGCAUUUCCAGGUCUAUUCAAAAAAAGGGGGGUGACAGUAAAGAGGUUAAUAAACCAUGCGUUAUAUACGAGGAAUACCCUCCUACAUCACAAUUUUAAGUGUGAAGCAGGUUAUAAUUAUGAGUGCCUAUUACAGCUUUGCUGUUUUGCUAACUGAAUGAACUAAUAUUCUUGUGUUGCUCAGGAGAGUUAACCCAUGGGAGCGUACGUGUUGCAUCAAGCUUUCAAACAAGCCCAAGUAAUCGCAAGAGAGUCAAUAAAGGAUCCCCGUCUGUUCCUCCACAAAACCAUACUCUCUCCCUGUGGACAAUUAACUUCACAGAAACCACUGUGCACAGCACACACAUUAUCACAAACACACAUAUAUAAAGACAACCGCACAUGGAAAGUCAUUAUGCAUGGAUCUCUUGAUCUCAAAUCUUGUCCUCCCAAUGUUGAAUGUUUUUUUAUUCUGAAAAAGAAGGAAAUCUGACAUAAUCGACAGCACAAGGUAUUCUGGGAGCAUGGACUGCAAGGUUUGGGCCUAAUUUUAACAAGUGUCCCUGAAGACCAGCCUCUAUAAAAGCUUUGGAAAAAGAGAGGAGCAUACGAAUACAAGGAGGUUGGCAGAAGAGUCUCAAACGGAUGUAAAUCACACUGAGGGCUAUGAAAUCCCACGGAUAUCUUUGAGGCUCAGUUAACUGUAAGUGGCCGUUUUAUUUAGUAAAAUGUACAAAUGCAAACAUGUGUAAUCUGAACUUAUAUCAAAAUGAUAUUAGAAAUAAGGUAAAAUAAGAAGUUUUUAAAUGUACUUUAAAACUAAGCACAAGUUUGCAAUGAAAAAUAAAUCAUGUAUGGGUGCAAAAAGAUUGAGAUUAGGAAAAUAUAUAUAUAUAUAUAUAAAGUAUCAUUAAAAUUAUUUUGGUUAAGAAUUGGCCAGACCCAUUCUGAAAUUGCAAGACCAACAAUAACUUAAAUAUUAAAAGUUUCAGGGGACUAUGAAAUCCCACGGAUAUCUUUGAGGCUCAGUUAACUGUAAGUGGCCGUUUUAUUUAGUAAAAUGUACAAAUGCAAACAUGUGUAAUCUGAACUUAUAUCAAAAUGAUAUUAGAAAUAAGGUAAAAUAAGAAGUUUUUAAAUGUACUUUAAAACGAAGCACAAGUUUGCAAUGAAAUCUAAAUCAUGUAUGGGUGUAAAAAGAUUGAGAUUAGGAAAAAAAAAAUUUAAAAAAAAUAUAUAAAGUAAGUAUCAUUAAAAUUAUUUUGGUUAAGAAUUGGCCAGACCCAUUCUGAAAUUGCAAGACCAACAAUAACUUCAAUAUUCUGCCAAGUUUAGGUUGCUCACAACACAAGUGGUAAUGAAUCGCUGGCGGCAGUCAGUGGUGGAGAUCCAAACCAGAAAGAGGCAGGUGAACGAAAGCGAGCGGGCACAUGCCGCCCUGAGUAAAGUGACAGCCUGCUACCAGCAAAUGGCAACCUCAUUGGGGAGCAACAUUGACGGGAGCUUCCUUAGAGAGGAGCUGGAGGAAACCAGGAUAGUAGCUCGUAAAAUAUGCUCAGGGCUUCACCGGAGGCUGCUAGCUCUGCUGACAGAAAUGGAGGAAGGACAAGAGGACAAAGAACAGGUUGAACGACUUUGGGCGAUCUUCUUGUCCAGUUUGGAAAACUUCCAGCAGGACCUAAAGAAGGUCAGAGCCUUGCAAGAGAUGUUCCCCCUCACCCAGCGCAAAGAUCGACAAGCCCUCGUCAACACGGGUUACGUAGGUGGAACUUCAGAAGUCGCAGCUCGAGCGGCGAUGGUGCAGACGCCAUGGUUAUCGAUAGAGGAGACGGAAAGACCAGACCUGAAGACCCACAUAAAGGAGAUUGAGGUUCAGCUUGAAGAAAUGUUCCAGAGAGUUAACGUGCCGCUGUGGUCUAUCGAACCCACAGAAGAAGCUGAUGGUGGGCAAGAGGAGGAUGAAAGUUUGGAGGACAUGAUGGAAGUGGAGGUGGUGUCUCAAAAUAAUAUAUCGGGCUGUUGCCAGCACCACAACUGCAAAGUAGGCUGUCUACUAUGUCUACUCAGCUAAGUUUAGCUUUUUGAAAUUGAGACGUGAAUUCUGCAAUUACAGAUUAAAUUGUUGACCGUGAUACUUUGUAAACCCUUUAAAGGGAUAGUUCACUUUUACCUCAAGGGCAUCCGAGAUGUAGGUGUCUUUGUUUCAAUUUUGAUAU